ACUAUGGGAAGCAAACCGGUUCACCUAAAAGUAUUUGUGGACAAGAAGAAAAAUAAAGUGAUGUUUGCAGAAGCAGAACAAGACUUCGUUGAAAUCCUAUUUAGUUUUCUCACUUUGCCUCUAGGAACAAUUGCAAGAAUCUCAAGCAAGCCUCAAGCCACAAUGGAUACAAAAGCUGGAAGCUUGGAUUCUCUAUAUGAAAGCGUUGAAAUUCUAGAUUAUAAGCAUUUCUCUUACGGCGUAAACAAAAACGCUCUUGUUAAUCCAUGGAAUUCUUCCCUUUCCCUUUGCCAGAAGCUGAAAAUAGAUCUAAACAACAUAAAACCUGUUCAUGCGAGGGUCAGUCACAGUCAUGACAAUUUGGUUUUCUUCAAGAAAAGAACAUCUUUCAUUAUCACUGAUGAUCUUAAUAUAGUACCUCUCAUGCUCAGCACAAGCAUCAGCCUCCUUAAGUUUCUUGGGGUCGAAAACAUUAAUUCUCUAGAUGAGAGAACCGUGGAUUUUGGUUUCGAAGAGUUUUCAAGUCUACUCAAGUGGUCACUGAUGACAAAUACUCCUCUAACAAACUUGAUUCUCGGGGAAACUAAACGGCCGUGUAAGCGCAUCAAAACUUCUACAUCAAGUAAGUUACCAUUAGUGUCAACUAACUCUACAGAACGCCAGACGGUGAAACUAUUGAUACAUAAAUCAAAGAAGAAAGUGUUAUGUGCACAAGCAGACAACUUUUUUGUGGAAAUGCUCUUCAGCUUCCUGACAAUUCCAUUGGGCUCCGCAAAGCGUUUAACAAUGGAUAAUUCAUCUCCAACGGGGAUUGAUACCUUGUAUAACAGUAUUUCAAGUUUGGGGGAUGGAAAUUACUUGAAAUCUGAGGAAAUCAAGAACAUGCUACUUUCGCCAAAGCUUGCAUCUAGUUAUCUUCGUGUGACUGACCUUAUGCCAAUUUACGAGCAGACUACAAGCAAAGGUAGCUUCCUUAAGGAACAAUCUACUUACAUAGUUUUUGAUGACCUUAAGGUUACCGCCUCGCCAUCAAUAUCUGCUAUUUCAGAGUUUAUUAAGGCGCUUGGCAUUCCUAAUGUUACUGCCUCGCCAUCAAUAUCUGCUAUUUCAGAGUUUAUUAAGGCGCUUGGCAUCAUUCCUGUUGAGGAUAUUGAGGUUAUGGAAGUAAGCAUUGGUGAACAAGAGGCACUUUCAAUUCUCAAGGCUUCUCUCAAGUCAACAUCAGUUUUAACUGAUUGCCUCAGCUCAUUUAAGAAUGUAAAUUCACUUAUUUGAAGCCUUAAUCUGGUUUAUCGGUGGAUAUGUUAACAAUAUUAAGUUGUGAUCCAUGGACCAUAUAAC